CAGGCACCCUCUCUCUCUCGCGCAACCUCUGAGUCCCUUCCUGCUGCAUAACAACAGUCGCGAGUGGAUCGGGUAACACUGUAAGCCAUUUCCACAGGCGUGUGGAGUUUUUACCGCAAAUAAAUGUAACUGAAUUCCUCAUUGACAGCGUCAAGCGUCAACUCCGUCACGGUCAGUCACAGCGGACGUCAGCGCAAACGGCAUUUCGCGCUUGAAGCGGCACACCGGUGGGGAGAUGGCUAGGCCAGAGCAGGUCCUGCUGCUAGAACCUCAAUACGAAUUGAGAUUUCGAGGUCCAUUUACAGAUGUGGUGACCACCACCCUAAAACUUGCUAAUCCCACAGACAGAAACGUGUGCUUCAAAGUAAAGACAACUGCACCACGCCGAUACUGUGUGCGGCCAAACAGUGGAGUGAUUGAUGCUGGAACCUCGAUCAAUGUCUCGGUGAUGCUGCAGCCAUUCGACUAUGAUCCAAAUGAGAAAAGCAAACACAAGUUCAUGGUACAGUCACUUCUGGCUCCAACCGAUAUGACCGACACAGAGGGAGUGUGGAAGGACGCCAAGCCUGAGGAAUUGAUGGACUCCAAGCUGAAAUGCGUCUUUGAGAUGCCUUCUGAAAAUGAGAAAACGCAUGAAAUGGACAGCAAUAAGAUCUCCUCCAGUCUUUCAAAGUCAGAAUCGUCCACAUUGUCUAUGAAGUCCAUGAUCAUGGCCUCUAGUCUGGAUGAUGGAGAGGUGAAGAAGAUCAUGGAGGAGUGUAAACGGCUGCAGAUGGAGGUGCAGAGGCUACGAGAAGAGAACAAACAGAUCAGACAGGAAGAUGAUGGACUGCGGAUGAGGAAGAGCCCGGUGAUGUCCGCUCCGCACUCAUCCCAAGCGUUGAGAGUGAAGGAGGAGGGGCUGAGCAGCCGGGUGAUUGCGCUCAUCGUGCUGUUUUUUGUUAUGGGUGUCAUCGUAGGCAAAUUGGCCUUGUAAAAUCCAAGAGGCGAGCGCUACAAGCAUGCAUUGUGGAUGAAACGAAAACAAAACAGACAAGUAACCAAUGCAGAAUUCGUUUAAUCCAAUGCCAUAUCAUUUGGGUAGUUUUGGAUUGGUGAGGUGUUGAAAAUUAAUACAGAGAUCAAGGAAUUUCAUCAAUGUUAUGUGCAAAGGAAAAAAAAAUCUUAAAACAAAAAAAAAAUCUGACCCAGUUCUUGCCUCAAAAUUGUGAAAUCAUUCUGGUCCUCUUCCUUAACCGUUUCUGAGGCUAUUUCAAAUGGAUUACAGAGGUCAUCGAUUUUAACCACUAAAAGUCUCAUAGGGAUUUUCUAACAGUUGUGCUAGAGUGAAUGUUGUUUUAUCACAUAUGUUUUGUUUUCUAUGGAGGUGAGAAGCUGCACAUUUAAUCUGCAUACAAAUGCUUGAUGUCUUUGAAAAGUGUCACACUUUCAUUUAAUUUAAUCAUACCCAAACCUCCUGCAUUAAAACUGCAGUUCGUUGAUGUGUAGUAUAUUUUGAAUCAUUUUUCACCCCCUGAUAAGCUAAACAAUAUUAUCAUGCCGGUUGCUAAAAUAACAUGCAGUUUGUUUAUUCACUUCCAUUCAGUCCAACAGAUAUGUAUGAGUACCAAAAGGUACUAUGAUUUAACAUACAUUUCCUCUGCAAAUCAGAUUUUAAUUUAUGCAAACAUAUGAUUUCACUUAUUUCUCACAGUCUCACCGUUUCAGGCAAUUUAAUGUGUUCACUUGCACUGAUACACUGAGAAUCAUUGUAGAAGGUUGAACGCACCACUUUCAGGAAACGUUUUCGACACUACCACAGAUUCUGAUAAUUGUUUUUCCAGGUGUGAUGUGUUUACUUUUAAGGUUGUUUUUAACAUUUAAACAUCCUGAAUUGACCAUGAGGAAAUGGACUGUUAGUGACUGAUAUUUCAAACUGCUGUUAUUGGGGAAGUGUUGGUGAAACCAUUGGACUGUUCACCUACCCAAGCGCAUUUCUCUGUGAACUGCUCUUGUAACUGCUGUGUUAAGUUAGUAAUGUCUCUGAAACCAUUGCUUCCAAUGAAGCUUUGCACAGACAGAGUUGCCUGUCAUCAGGAUCAAAUAGAUUCACACUUAUUCUUUUUUUUUUUAUUUUUUUGCUAAGGUAUAUGUGCUUGAAUGCAUGGCUCUAUCAAGAGCAAAACAUAAACCUUUAUAUUUUAUUAAGCUGCCCCAUAGGUGAAAACUGCUUGCUCUCUGUAGAUCUGAAUUAAUUUAUUGAUCAAGACGUUUUAUGAUAGAGCAGCUGCUACACGUAAUUUCUGAUGCACUUUGUUCAGAUGUUCUUGUACAUACCAACUAGUCGAAGGUUUCUCACCCUAUAAAAUUUCCAGUUGAAGAUACAACCGUGAGAGUUGAGUUUACCAUCUAGCCCAAAAACACUAACCCGUUAUCAUUCUACCCUCCAAACAUUUUUACAAAGCAUAAUGUACUCACCCCUAUGUUCACGCUGUAUGAUUUCCAUACUUCCAUGUAACAAAAGAUGUUAGGCAGAGUGUCCCGAGUUGCAUUUUGCCAUGCAAUGAAAAUGGAUGGUGAUUAUUAAACUUUCAAGCUCCAAAAAGGAAAAAACAUAAAAGUCCUUCAGUAUAAUCCAAGUCUUCAGAAGCCAAACGAUAGCUUUUUGUGUAGAAAAAAAAUGGAAAUUGAUGUCGUUGUUCACUGAUAACUCCUACCCUAGCUCUCAAAUCUCCUUUGCAGUCGCUUGUAUUCAAACUUAAUUUGUGGCAAUCGGUCAUGCAACAUGAGAAUAAAUGCUGUUUGGUGUCAAACCUGUAGUCUAAUGGCACCAUUUUUGAAUUCACAAGAGUGAAUGAGAUUUGUGAGCUACAUCAGUAGAGGAUUAUCAGUGAAUAACAUCUUAAAUUUCUGUUUGUUCAACACGAAAUAUUGCAUGGCUUUAGACUACUAGACCGUUGAGUGAUCGAGUAAUUUUCUGAUACUUUUAUGCUGCUUUUGGUCCUUUUUAGAGAUCCUUGUAUGAAAAAGAGCUGCUCGUACAUUCUGCCUAGCAUCUUUUGUGUUGCACAGCAGGAAGGAAUUGUACAGAGUGGGAGCCGCAUGAGGGUUGAGUUAAUAAGUUCAUUUUGUGUGAACUAUUUCUUUUGAAAACUUAUACACUUGUGCCCUGGAGGUCUUUUGUGAGUAUUGCAUCUCUUGUACUCUAGCCAUGCCAAACUACACCUCAUUUUCCUACAAAUGCAUGGCUUCAAUAUGCCUUGUUGGUUGUCUGAAAGUGUACACACACUGGUUUAUCUCGCAGCAUAAGGCUUUAAAAACACUCCUGAUGUUUUCUUUCCUGUCCUUUGAUGUUGAAUUGAGUUGUUUUGAUUUAAUUUAUGAAUAAAGCUUUUAUUGCACAAAACUGUUUAUAUUAAGAAAUGCACAACAUAUUAUAAAGAAUGUCAUCUUCCCAUUCAACGGUGCAGUAUGUGAAAUAGCAGAAAUGUCAUCAGAAAAGAGACUCUUCCUCCAGGGGACCAUUUUGUGACCUGAUGUUUAUCCUGGGGAACGUCUUUAACUUUAAUGCCCCCCUUUGAAAAGCUUUGAUUUCAGUUGAUCAUCUUGUUGCAGAUAUUGAAUUUCUAAGAACAGAGGAAAAUAAAGAGACGGUUCACCUAAAAAUGUAAAUUGACCAUUUAUUCAACCUCAUGCUGUUCCAAACCUGUGUGACUUUUUUUCUGUGGCUUACAAAAGGAGAUAUUGAUUGACAACCUCAGUCACCAAUCACUUUCAUUUUAUGGAAAAACAAAAAAAAGAUGCAAUGUAAAUGAAUGGUGGCUGAGGCUAACAUUCUGCCUAAACGUCUCCUUUUCUGAUCUACUGAAGAAAGUCAUACUGGUUAGGAACAAAACCAUUGGUAAUUAAAUGAUGACAAUUUAAAUUUUUGGGUGAACUCUCCCUGCUAUAAAUAUUGUCAAAUGGCAGAACCUUGCUUCAUUACUUUAGGAGAUGUUUGGGGUAUAGUGAUUUUUGGACUGCGGUUAUGUAUACCAUGGGGUAUGAUUGCCAUGGAGAGGGAGGGCUUUGGGGGCCUAUCAGCCAAUCAGCUGGCUCAUAAUUAUACUUAAAAAAAAAAAAAAGGUUAUUAUAGUGCCCCAAACCUUCAUAUAUGAUGUAAACAUGAAGGUGACCAUUUUGUAUGAAUAUAAUUAAAUGAGUCUAACAUGAAAAUUAAGGUUGAUAUUGUUAGUCAAGUAGUCUUUAAUGGUAUAUAAAGAAACCCCAACUUAGUUGGACUAUGUAGCAUCUUAAUCAAUUAAAUCAAUAAAGCCCCAUA